UCAGUAAAUCCCUGUCACUGCACGAACGUAGUGAACAGGUUAGGCUGAAGUUUAGGAGACAUCAUCAAAUUUCUUGUCCGCGGCUGCAUGCAGAGGCACGUUUGAGUGGCUUCCAAACAGUGAGAGAAGCAAAGACAUGUUCUUCUGUGUUUGGCUAGGAGUCAUAAGGCUCAGACACAGUACGGGGUAUCCUUCAAUGGUGAAUGUAAAAGAGCUACAAUAUCCCACCCGUUGGUCUGUGGCAAGGGAAAGUUAAGACGCAUGUGUUUUGUUAUCAAGACCACGCUACAUUUACACGAAACAACACAUUUCUAGCGAAUAACAACUGUAUGGUGAGGAACCUGGUACAAUAUCUCAGGAAGAAAUGUGACAUCACUGACGAAAAAGUGGUGCUCGACCUUGCCGAUGAGGAGGGUAACCUGCAAAACCUGAGUGAUUACAAUCCCUGCUUCCCAGCUUCCAGACUUCUCCAACCCAAAGUCACAUAUAUCCCCAUCCUGAUUGAACGUAAUGAUGACAACACUCUCAAACCAUUUACACCAAUGGUUAAACGCGUCACGAGAGAUCCCGAUUUUAUGAAAAAUUUAAUGGAGCAAUAUGAACGACGAGAGCAUGCAAGGACCGGGGGCCAACGCUCCCGUUUGGAAGCCGUCAAAGAGGGCGAUAAAGGUCAAGCUGUGACUUCUAAGGGCGGUGGCAGAGGGUCAACAACAACCCAAAAAAAUCCCAAAGGAGGGGUGGGUAGCCGGUCUAAAUCAACAAGAUAAUUAAAAUACUGUAGUUGGAUGGGUUUGACUGAAAGUGAACUUUAUGAAAAAGAUGAAACCAAUUGGAGGUGUAAUGAUUUGACUGAUUUAAGAACGACCUGCUCCGAAUGGACAAGGCAAGUGAUUGAGCAGAUUCUACCAAGCGGAGUACCGCGCACAGAAUAAAAACAGGGAAAGAAAACCAAUUUAAUUACACUCACAUUUACUUGGUGGAGGUACAUGUUUUCGUCUACUUAUUUAUUUCAUCUAAGAACACUUUCAGUCACAAUUUUUCUUUUCAAAUGUGUGACUUUCCCUAAAUAUUCGGCAAAACAAUAUCCCCCCCCCAAAAAAAAAAUCUGUGGUGGCACAAUAAAUAAUAAUGUGCUACACACGACUACUUUCAAUUUCAAUGGUACAAUUACGCAAUUCAAAAUUAUUUUUUUAGUUUGAAAGCGCUCAAUUAUUUUUGAGUUUUUGAAUUGUAAAACCCAGUAAAUUUAAACUUGUUUAACAGCAAUUAUACAAAAAGUGUGGCAGAUUUUCAUUGACUUUAAUUUUGAAGGCAGCACUACUUUCCAGGUUAAAAUAAGUUAGGAAAUGUUGCCAUUAUACAAAAACUGAAGAAAAUGUACAUAGUAUCCAUCAUGUUAGUAUCCACUAUGAAUGUUGUCGAUUAUCUAAUUUUAACAAGAGGAAGCCUGCAGUGUCUAAUAUCCUCAGUGGCAUAGCUAGGAUUUUACUAGUAGGGGGGGCACAUGGGGGCACCAGCUUUCAGUGGUGUGGUUUUUUGGGGCAAGAUUUUGCUAGCCUUGUUCAAUAUCCAUUCAUCCGGUUUUUUUAAGUGGGGCCCCAGGGAAUUUGUGGGGGGGGGCACUUGCCCUCCUAGGGACCCCUCAUGGCUACAUCACAGAAUAUUCUGGAUACUCCUUUGAAACUAACAAUGGGGUUUUUCAAGUUUAAGCAUAAAGCUUUUUGAGAAUAAAAUACAAACUGUAUCAUUUAGCGUAA